AUGGCGAUUCAAUUUUUAUUCCUUAUAUCUCGACAAGGUAAAACCAGAUUAUCAAAAUGGUAUCAAACAAUCCUGCAAAAGGAGAAAUCCAAGAUUAUUCGAGAAUUGAGCACGAUAAUAUUAUCGAGACGAGCCAAAAUGUGUAAUGUUUUAGAAUAUAAAGAUUUAAAGAUCAUUUAUCGAAGAUAUGCUAGUUUAUUUUUUGUUAUUGGAGUGAAUUCUGACGAUAAUGAAUUGAUUGGAUUAGAAAUUAUUCAUCGAUUUGUUGAACAAAUGGAUAAAUUAUAUGGUAAUGUAUGUGAAUUGGAUAUUAUUUUUGGAUUUGAUAAAGCAUAUCAUAUAUUGGAUGAAUUGUUGAUUGAUGGAUAUUUACAAGAAAGUUCGAAACGAGAAGUGUUGAAACGAGUAAACCAACAGGAUGAAUUAGAAAAUAUGGAUGAAUUUGAGAACAUAUUAGCAUAA